GCGAGUUAAGCGCCGAGUUUUACACUGUAAAGGCUCUACUUUUUCUCAUCCCGCGAAAAUUUAUGAAGAUUUCAUACUGUCCAGGCAACUGAUCUUUGAAGUUUUCAUGCAUCUCAAACCAAACCAAACUGUGAUCUGAAAAACCACACACAUCAAAAUACUCAAAAAAUCUUCAUGCCCCAUUCAUUGCAUAAGUGAUCGUAGAUUUCGUAAUUACCAUUUUGUGAUUUCAUUUCAUGGGUAACCCUCCUUACGAUUCUAAUCCCUCAGUUAGAGAUGAAUCCAACCCCUUUGCUGUGGACUCGAGUUCAGAAGCUGCUGACUUUGAUGAUGGUUCUAAAGUCGAUAUUCCUCUUGACAGCGCCUCGGAUUUGAGAGCCAAAGAGAAGAAACUCAAAGACAAGGAGGCUGAAUUGAAUAGAAGGGAAGAGGAAGUGAAGAGAAAGGAGGAUGCAAUGGUACGAGCUGGAAAUAACGUAGAGGUAAAAAAUUGGCCACCAUUUUUCCCUCUAAUUCAUCACGACAUUCCAAAGGAAAUACCUGUUCAACAACAAAGAACACAAUAUGUUGCAUUUACAACGUUGCUAGGUAUAGUAGCAUGCCUCGUAUGGAAUUUUAUAGCAGUCUCCUCUAUAUGCUUUCAAGGCGAAGACCUAGAAAUUUGGUUGCUUGCUGUUAUAUACCUCAUAACAGGAGUUCCUGGGGCCUAUAUAUUGUGGUAUCGUCCAUUGUAUCGUGCUAUGAGGACCGACAAUACUUGGAUGUUUGGAUUCUUUUUCUUUGCAUAUACAUGUCACAUUGGCUUCUGUGUAUACGCUGCUAUUGCUCCUCCAAUGAUCUUCAAAGGAAAAUCUCUCACCGGAAUUAUGCCAGCACUUGCUAUUUUACCUGGUAAUUUUUUGGACGGGGUUCUCUAUUUUGUUGGAUUCGGACUCUUUGCUCUUGAAUCAACUAUAAGCAUAUGGGUUAUUCAGGAAGUUUUUAGGUAUUUCCGUGGUAGUGGAAAAGCGGAAGUGGCGAAACGUGAGGCUAGAAAAACGACUAUGAUGGUAGCACUAGGACAUGCUUAAUCAUGCACAAAAGGUACCCAAGUUAGAUGGGGUUUUAGACGUGCAAACUAGCUGUUUUUUCUAGAGUUAAUGAGAAAGACCUACGUAUGAUUGACUUUUUUUUUUCCUGAUUUGAUAAGUGAUAGAUCUUUUAGCUAAUCUUGUAACUUUUGCUUUUCGUAAUGUGUAAUAAAAUAUAUUAUGUCUGGUGAAGAGUUAAACUUGGACCUUACUAAAUGAAUGGUGAUGAC